UGUAGGAAUAAAUUAAAGCCGUCAUAUUCGUUGAUAAUCUAUCUUUACGUGGAAAUUCAAGGACUUCACCCCCCUCGAUCGACACACUAUAUAUUUCAUAUCUCUUCAAUUCUUUACUCUACGGGUUUCUCUUACUACAGCCUCCUCCAAUGAAAAUUCCCUCCUCUUCGUGGCUCUUUUUGGUGCCCAUGUGCACACUUUUCCUCAACUUUUGUGUCUUUGUGGUGUCCGGCCAAUGUUUGGGCAAUCAGCAGUUCUUGUUGCUUGAAUUGAAGAACAACCUGAUAUUCAAUUCUACUAUGUCCACUAAACUUGCUAAGUGGAACCAAAGUAUCGAUUGUUGUUUUUGGGAAGGCGUAACCUGCAACGAGGGACGUGUUGUUGGUCUUGACCUGACCAGUGAAUCCAUCUCAGGUGGACUUGAAAAUUCCAGCAGUCUCUUCAAUCUUCAGCAUCUUCAGAGCCUGAAUUUGGCUUUUAACAACUUCAACUAUUCUCAUAUUCCAUCAGAAUUUGACAAGCUGGCGAAUUUGAGUUAUUUGAAUCUAUCAAAUGCUGGCUUUGCAGGGCAGAUUCCUAUUGCAAUUUCACGCCUCACCAGGUUGGUUACUCUUCAUUUAUCAAACGAUUACAUCUAUCAGCAUGUUGCUAUUUCAGGCCUGACAAGGUUGAGUGAUUUAUCUGCUACUUACUACUCUCCGCUGAAACUUGAGAAUCCUAAUUUAAAUGUGCUCAUUCACAACCUUUCGAAGCUUAUGGAACUUCAUCUUGAUGGUGUAUCAAUAUCAGCACAAGGUAAUGAGUGGUGUCAAGCUUUAUCAUCUUCACUGCCAAAUUUAAGAGUGUUGAGCUUGUCAAAUUGCAAUCUUUCGGGCCCUUUUGAUUCCUCCUUACGGAAUCUUCAAUCCCUCUCAUUUAUUCAUUUGUCCCGUAACAAUUUUUCUGCUCCAAUUCCAAAUUUUUUUGCAGAUUUCAAAAAUUUGACAUCCUUAAAUUUCUCUAAUUCUUGUUUGAAUGGAGAAUUUCCGAAAAAGAUCUUCCAGGUUCCAACGAUACAAACGCUUGACUUGUCAUAUAACGAACUACUUGAAGUUUCUUUGCCAGAAUUUUCUCCAAAUGGAUCUCUUCGAACCAUGAUGCUUACCUAUACAAAUUUUUCUGGGUCAUUACCACCUUCUAUCAGUAACGUUGAAAUGUUGUCAACAUUAUAUCUUGGGGGAUGCAAUUUCAUGGGAUCAUUUCCAAACUCAAUUGCGAGCCUCACACAAUUGGUCUAUUUGAACAUGUCACACAACAGUUUCAGUGGAUCAAUUCCAGACUCAAUUGCGAGCCUCACACAAUUGGUCUAUUUGAACAUGUCAUACAACAGUUUCAGUGGAUCAAUUCCAGACUCAAUUGCGAGCCUCACCCAAUUAGUCUAUUUGGACUUGUCAAACAACAAUUUCAGUGGAUCAAUUCCAGACUCUAUUGCGAGCCUCACCCAAUUAGUCUAUUUGGACCUGUCAAACAACAAUUUCAGUGGAUCAAUUACAGACUCUAUUGCGAGCCCCACACAAUUGGUUUAUUUGUUAAUGUCACACAACAGUUUCAAUGGAUCAAUUCCAGACUCAAUUGCGAACCUCACACAAGUGGUCUAUUUGGACCUGUCAAACAACAAUUUCGAUGGAUCAAUUCCAAACUCAAUUGUGAGCCUCACACAAUUGGUUGCUGUGGACAUGUCACACAACAGUUUCAGUGGAUCAAUUCUAGACUCAAUUGCGAGCCUCACAAAAUUGGUCUAUUUGAACAUGUCACAUAACAAUUUUAGUGGAUCAAUUCUAGACUCAAUUGUGAGCCACACCCAUUUGGUCUAUUUGGACAUGUCCAACAACAAUUUCACCGGAUCAAUUCCAAACUCAAUUGCGAGCCUAACAAAAUUGGUUUGUUUGUACCUGUCACACAAUAGUUUCAGUGGAUCAAUUCCAGACUCAAUUGCGAGCCUCACACAAUUGGUUGCUGUGGACAUGUCACACAAUAGUUUCAGUGGAUCAAUUCCAGACUCAAUUGCGAGCCUCACACAAUUGGUUGCUGUGGACAUGUCACACAAUAGUUUCAGUGGAUCAAUUCCAGACUCAAUUGCGAGCCUCACACAAUUGGUUGCUGUGGACAUGUCACACAAUAGUUUCAGUGGAUCAAUUCUAGACUCAAUUGCGAGCCUCACACAAUUGGUCUAUUUGAACAUUUCACACAACAGUUUCAGUGGAUCAAUUCCAGACUCAAUUGCAAGCCACACACAUUUGUUCUAUUUGGACAUGUCAAACAACAAUUUCACCGGAUCAAUUCCACACUCAAUUGCGAGCCUCACACAAUUGGUCUAUUUGUACAUGUCAGACAACAAUUUCAACGGAUCAAUUCCAGACUCAAUUACGAGCCUCACACAAUUUGUCUGUUUGGACCUGUCAAACAACAAAUUCAGUGGAUCAAUUCCAUACUCAAUUGCGAGCCUCACACAAUUAAGUUUAAGAUAUCUAGACCUUUCAGACAAUCAAAUUCAUGGAGAGAUCCCCAUAUCAAUAUGCAAUGCUAUAAAACUUGAAGUUCUAGAUCUGUCUAAUAAUUCAUUCUUUGGCACAAUUCCCCAAUGCUUGAUUGAGAUGAGUGGCAAAGCACUUAGGGUCCUAAAUCUAAGAACAAACAACCUCAAUGGCACAAUUCCUGAUGCAUUUCCACAUAGUUGUGGUUUACAAGUUUUAGCUCUCAAUAAAAACCAAUUAGAUGGAGGGUUGCCAAAAUCUUUGGCAAAUUGCAUUGUGUUAGAGGUCUUGGACAUUGGGAACAACCAUAUUGAGGACACCUUCCCAUUUUACUUGAAGACCACAUCCAUGUUGAGGAUUCUUGUUCUGCGAUCUAACAAAUUUUACGGGCGCAUUACUCAUCCAGAGCCUAAUGCCACCUGGCCGAUGCUUCAAAUUAUUGACGUGGCUUCAAACAAUUUUAUUGGUGACCUUCCAAUAAUACUUCUUUCUACUUGGAUGACAAUGGUGGAUCGUGCACAUGAGGCCCAAUCAGAGCCCAGCUACCUCCGAACUAAUUUCAAUAGUUAUUAUUAUCAAGAUACGGUAACAGUUACUAGCAAAGGUUUAGAGGUGGAGUUGGUGAAGAUCCUAACCAUCUACACCACUAUUGACUUUUCUUGCAAUGGCUUUGACGGUCCUAUCCCUGAAGAUAUCAAAGAACUCAAAGCGUUAUAUGUUCUCAACUUGUCAUAUAAUGCUUUCACGGGCCAAAUUCCACCAUCUUUGGGGAAAUUGAGUAAUUUGGAGUCACUAGACCUGUCAAGCAACGAGCUUUCUGGUGAGAUUCCUGUGCAACUUGCCAAUGGUCUUAUUUUCCUUUCAGUUCUCAACCUUUCCUUCAAUCAAUUGGUGGGGCAAAUUCCAUUGAUUAAACAAUUUGCUACAUUUCCGGAAACUUCCUUCGAAGGGAACGAGAGAUUAUGUGGCUUCCCUUUGAAAUCACAAUGCAUAUAUGGGAAGCCACAGUUGUCACCUCCAACACAUGAAGAAAAGCAUUGGAAUUCUGGUGGUGCGAUUAAGUGGAAUUACGUAAGUGUUGAAUUAGGAUUUAUUUUUGGCAUUGGAAUCAUCAUUGGGCCUCUUAUGUUCUGGAAGAAAUGGAGGAUUUGUUAUUACAAACAUGUUGAUGACAUUCUUUUCAAGAUCCUCCCCAGAUUGUAUAUUGGAAUAGAAAACUAUCAAAGACGCAGAUAUAGAAAUCAGAGGCGGAGGCACUAGUCAAAGUUAUGAGGGGCCAUGCCUUCAGGUUUGUCAUGAGCAACUCUUGUCGUUUUGGUUAAUUUCACUACUAAGCAAAAUAAUAAAAUGGAUCCAUGUAAUUGGAUGCAAGUAUUGUGUUUAAGGUAUGAUAUUUGUAAUUGGCAAAUUAUAUAUAUUAGUGAAGUACUUGUUUGAUAUUAGUUUUCUGGGCUACUUAAUUAUCAUGUCAC